CAGAAUUGGUAACCUCUAUUCAUUUUCAUUUUAGGGUUGUAUGCUGCCAAAAUGACUGGGUCAUCUAUAGUGACCAACACUUACGAAUUUUGAUGCAUCAAAGUUCAAAGAGAUACCUAACCACCUACCCCAGCACAUAGAGUGCUAGUUUCAGCAAUUUGGAACAUGGCAACCGUUACUCCUCAAAAGGGUAGUAUUAGUAGUAGUGAAAGUGACGCAGACCCUCUUAACUGGGGUGAGGCGGCGGAAUCACUUAAGGGUAGCCACUUGGAGGAAGUGAAAAGGAUGGCGGCGGAGUACCGGAGGGCAGUGAUCCAUGUGGGUGGAAAGGAGAAGCUCACUGUGUCAAUGGUGGCUGCUGUUGCUAACCAUUACUUGCAGGCUAAGGUUGACCUUUCAGAGUCUGCAAGGGAAGGGGUUGAAGCUAGCUGCAAGUGGAUCAUGGAUAACAUCGACAAAGGCACUCCCAUUUAUGGUGUUACCACUGGUUUUGGUGCUUCCUCCAACAGGAAAACUCAAGAUGGCCUUGCUCUUCAGAAGGAAAUGGUUAGGUUUUUAAAUUGCGCUAUAUUUGGCUACGAAACAGAGUUGUCUCAUACACUGCCAAAAUCAGCAACCAGAGCAGCAAUGCUUGUGAGGGUUAAUACCCUUCUUCAAGGGUAUUCGGGUAUUAGAUUUGAAAUCUUAGAAGCUAUCACCAAACUCCUGAACAAGAAUGUCACCCCAAUCUUACCCUUACGUGGUACACUUACUGCGUCUGGUGAUCUAAUUCCUCUGUCAUACAUUGUUGCAUUGCUAACCGGUAGGCGAAACAGUAAAGCUGUUGGACCCUCUGGAGAGUCCCUCAGUGCUAAGGAAGCUUUCCAUUUAGCAGGUUUAGAAAGUGGGUUCUUAGAGUUGAAGCCCAAGGAAGGUCUUGCUCUUGUAAAUGGCACAGGCGUUGGGUCUGGUGUAGCUUCUGUGGUGCUUUUUGAGGCAAACAUUUUAGCUUUGUUGGCAGAAGUUCUAUCAGCAGUUUUUGCUGAAGUCAUGCAGGGAAAGCCAGAGUUUACACAUCACCUUAUACAUAAGCUGAAGUACCAUCCUGGUCAAAUUGAAGCUGCUGCUAUUAUGGAGCACAUUCUAGAUGGAAGCUCUUAUGUCAAGAAUGCUAAACUGCAACAGCCAGAUCCAUUGCAGAAGCCUAAAAAGGAACGUUAUGCUCUUGUAACUUCUCCUCAAUGGCUUGGUCCACAGAUUGAAGUCAUCCGAUUUUCGACCAAAUCAAUUGAAAGGGAAAUAAACUCGGUAAAUGACAAUCCCUUGAUUGAUGUCACAAGUGAUAAAGCUCUGAAUGGUGGUAAUUUCCAAGGCACCCCAAUUGGAGUUUCAAUGGAUAAUGCACGUUUAGCUGUUGCUUCAAUCGGCAAACUCAUCUUUGCGCAAUUUACUGAACUAGACAAUGAUUUGUAUAGUAAUGGGCUACCAUCAAACCUGUCUGCUGGUAGAAAUCCAAGUCUGGAUUAUGGUUUUAAGGCAUCUGAAGUUGCCAUGGCUGCUUAUUGUUCUGAACUUCAAUAUCUGGCAAAUCCAGUAACUAGCCAUGUGCAAAGUACUGAGCAGCACAACCAAGAUGUGAACUCCUUGGGGUUAAUUUCGGCUCUGAAAACUGUCGAUGCCAUAGAGAUAUUAAAGCUUAUGUCUUCAACUUAUCUGGUUGCACUCUGCCAAGCUAUUGACUUGAGGCAUUUAGAGGAAAUUUUCAAGAACACUGUCAAGAGUACUGUAAGCAGAGUUGCACUGAAAACAUUAAGUACUGAAGACAAAGAAGAAAUUAACCCAUUUCGACUCACCGAGGAAGAGUUAGUUAAAGUGGUCGAUAGAGAAUAUGUAUUUUCCUACAUUGAUGAUCCCUUAAAUGUUCGGUACCCAUUGAUGCCAAAACUGAAGCAGGUACUUUAUGAGCAAGCACACAGCAGUGUCAUUAAUGACAAGAAUGUGAGUUUGUUGACUUUUGAGAAGAUUGGAGCUUUUGAAGAAGAAUUGAAGUCUCUCUUGCCAAAGGAAAUUGAAAGUGCACGGGUGGCUUAUGAGAACGGCAAUCCAACAAUUCCAAACAGAAUCAAGGAGUGCAGGUCAUAUCCACUGUACAAAUUUGUGAGGGAAGAGUUAGGGAUAAGGUUGCUCACAGGCGAAAAAGCUCUCUCACCAGAUGAAGAAUUCGAAAAAGUAUAUACAGCCAUGUGUCAAGCAAAGAUAAUUGACCCAAUUCUGGAAUGUCUAAGAGAUUGGAACGGGGUUCCCAUCCCAAUAUAAUGUUCCACAAAAACUAGCCAGGGGGAUUUUUCGUGAUAUGAUUUACGCUUUUAUUUUGAAUAACUAUUUGUGAGAAACUAAUAUGGACUUCUCUUAUACGUUUUAUCUAUACGAUUAAAUGAAAAAUAAAUGUCAUUACUUUUAA